AUGCUGCCUAGGCAAGCGAAAUGCCACCGUCUGCGAGGAGUCAAAGCGAAGACCGCGGCCGAGUUUCAGGAACUGGUGGCGGACAUGCUGAAGGAGCGGAACGCAUUCAUGCAUCUAGUGUGUGUGUGUGUGGGCACGCUCCCAGCUCGUGACGCUUGCAAGGAUCUCCUCCCCAGGAUCUUGCUCUUCGGACGGAAGGUUCCAAAGGCAGGGGGCGAGCAUGACUUUACAAGCUUCAAGCAUCUUAGCGCUUCACACGCGCUGGCAGCAGGCGAUUCCGGUGGUGGCAGAUGCCAUGGCCUUUAUUGCCCACCACUCAGAGUGGCAGCCAAGGCUGACACGGUCGCUGUGCCCACGCAGCUUUGGGACCAAGCUGUCGGCAAAAACGGUCCAGAGGCGAAUGCAUCGUCUGUGGUGCAGGCCUGCCUGGAAGCACUGGGAGAAAGCGAUGACCAGCCCCCUGCCGAUGCGCUGGCUUGUGUGGCACAGGUCUUGGCAAGCCUUUUGCAUCGACGGCAGCAGGUCGUUGCCGCGAUUGGACCGGCAGGGGCCGAGUCGCUCCUCGUCAAGCUCAACAGAUGGUCGUUGCAAAGCAUCGAUUCCAACGUGGAACCCUUUGCUCGCGGAUACCGCACCUUUUGCAUGGGAUCGGCAGCGCCCGCACCGGAGGGAGGCCUCGGAGGCGGCGAGGCGCUGCUGGCACCGCCCGCCUGGCUCACGCCCGUCACGGUCUGUGCACAUCAGCUGCUGAUCUCCGUGGACUUGGUCCAACUUCGGCAGGGCCGCGAGUCGCUGCGUGCCGAAGUGCAGAAGAGCUGGGUCGCAGGGGUGUUGGACAUUCUCUACGCAUUUCCAGGACUCGAGCCUGGACUUGCCUUGGCUUGCAUCCAGCUCCUGCUGAGGCUUUGUUCCACUCAGAUCGGUGCCCACGCGUUCCUCGAGUAUCAGCCGAAGCUCUCGCUGGACGAAGGCAAAUCGCUGAAGGCUCCUUCGGAGACGGCCGGUGGCAUGAUCCUGUUGCUGCGGCUCGCGAGGAAGACGAUUUUCGCUGGCAUGCUGCAGAUGAUUGCAGACCUUGCAGUGACCCUCAUGGAAGAGGGCUCCGCGCUGCAAGCACGCAUGGAGAACGAGAUCCUGGCCCUCUUCUCUCCGCAGGUGAAGACGCUUCCGAUCAAGCAGAUCGCAAGCCGCUUGAACCACUUGUUCAUUCGCAACCCAGACGUCUUCGGAGAAGCCAUAAAGGCGGUCACUCAGAAGGCACAGGCUUCAGAUCAGAACUCCAUUGUUUUGGAGCCCUUGCCGGAAGCAGAGAGGUCGAAGCAGAAGCCUGCUCCACACUCGGGCGCGCUGCUCAUGCUGCAAACCCUGGUGUCCGAGAUUUGCUUCAAUCUCGAGCUCCAGCACAGCACCGCCUUCCCGAAGAUCUUUGACGCAUCGAAGAGGCCAGAGCCUGAGGCCGGAUCUGACAAGAAGGACAAGGCCCAGAAGGAGAAGACCGAGAAGACCGAGAAGACCGAGAAGAAGGAGGAGACAGAGAAGGAGUCGAAAGACGCCGUUGUGAACUCGAAGCUUCCCCCGCUUUUCCCUUUGGCCUUGGACUCCAAUGCCUUGCUCUUCGUCCUCGAUGCCUUAGUCACCCGAGUGCCGGGCAUAAGCGCACUUGCCAUGAAGCCACCUUUGGCGGUGGGUACAAAUCCAAGUACCCUGCCUGAGCCAUGUUUGGCAGUGCCCGACCGCUCCGAACGGCUCUCGCAGAAGAGCCUCUUGCUUGUUAUGACGCGGCACCUGCUUCCACGAUUUGCGCAGCUGGCAGACGUCUGGCAACAGCAGAUCCAGCCACUGACCCACAGCCAAAAAUUGCAUUUGACACACACAGGGGCCAUAAUCCCUAUGCAGAAAUGCAUGCCCCACCUGGCCACCACCUUGGCUUCCACGGCGCGGCUCUCCGUUGAACCACGCCGUGCCCUCGCCUCUGAGGUGGUUCUCAGCACCAAGGCCUUAGCGGACUCCGAGUCCUUUUCUCCUGCGCGGCUCUCCUUCGGCACGGAGGUGGCCGCCGUCUGCGGCCUCGUGGCCAGGCUCCUUGGUGCAGCUGCUGCGGUGGACCGCAAAGAGGACAAGGAAGAAGAAAAAGAGGAGUCGAGACCAGGCACCUCCGAUGCCAAAGGCGACAGUCAAGGCCAGAAGAAAGCCAAAGGCAAGAAAGAAUCGAGCGUCUUCUGCAAUCAAAGUGAGACACAGGCUCUUCGUGAAUCCUUGGUAGCGAUACUGCUUCGGACAGAUCUGCAAUGUACGGCGGUCAUGGCCGUGGCCACGGGCAUCGUGAAAUGCUUGGAGUUCCUGACGCGACGGGAGACGAAGAACCGAAGCUCCCAGGGGCCCUUUUCGCCGGAGCCGGCACCGCCCAUGUUGCUGGAGGGAGAGGACGGCCUCGGGCCUGGUCAAGACUUCACAGCCGACUUCGGUGUGGGCGAUGGCCCCGCGCAUGACGACCUUGACAGAGAUGACGAGGAAGAUGACGAGGAAGAGGAGGAUGAUGAUGACUUGGCAGAGGAGGACGAUGAGGAAGCCAUGGCAGGAAUGGAGGGUGGACACCUCCCCGAACAUGAAGAUUUCGGUGACGAGGACUAUGAUGGAGAGUUCGACGACGACUAUGGGGAUGAUGAUAUCAUCACCGAUGACCUCCUGCAUGGCGAUGACGGAGCCGAACCCAAUCUUGCCACCAUCCUGAACAACGCAAUCCAUGUGAUCGAUCAGCAAGUCCAAGGCUUCAACCCUGACCAGAUGGGCAUGCAGAUGAACUUUUCGCCGGACCUCGGAGAUGCACCACCCCGGCGCGCUCCGCCGCGGGUUGGACGGGGUGGCAUGGACUUCCUCGGUGUCACGGUGGGCACUGGCUGGAGUGAGCCUGGUGACCUGGACCUGCCCGGGGAGCAUCCCAUGCUUCGGCGCGAGCAUCAGAGCCACGCGCAACCGUUGCAGCAACUGCCGCAGCUGACUGGUUUCCAGAUGCCAGGCGCAUCUGGAGUCGUGGACAUGAGUCGAAUGGUGCAGCUCGUUCCCGGACCGGAUGCCUUCCGACAGAUCUUUGCAGGUUCCGGCCCGACUGGAGGAGCCGCCGGAGUCAUUGGCGGCCCGGGUGGGGCACAGAUUGUGAUCACGAGCAGCAGCAACCUUCUUCCGUCUGCAGCUAUGGGCGGAGGUGGUGCAGCCAUGCCUGCAACGACUAGCCGAGGUGGGGGUGCGCUUGCAGCUGCUGCCGCCGAGUCGCUUGACAUGGCAUACGGGGAGCUGGCGGGCAGGCUGUCCGACGAAUUGCGCAAUGCUCCGACGGAGUCCAAGGAUGCGCCGGCCACAGAGACCCCUCAAGAAUCUCAGGCGCCAGCCCCGGCCGAUCCACCCGCGGCACCUGCGGAAGGUGAAACCGUGGCAGAAACAGAAGCGACGCAGACGGUCGUUCAGGUGCCUUCAGACGUUGUGGAUGAAGCUUCGGAGCUCUUGGCCCGACUGAACGCAGAGGAGGCUGAAGAGCAGGUCGAAGAGGCCCCGGCGGAGGUCCCGGCGGAGGCCGAGGAGCCCCCAGAUGUGGAGGCAGAGGAAGCCUCGGAGGCUGCGGCCCCGCCUGCUGCGGAGGAUCCAGCCGCUGCUUUGGGCAUCGCCGAGCUUGAGCGGCUCGCGACCAGCCUCGGCUGCACGCAGACGGCCCUUCUACAGGCCGCAGAGAUCGACGCAUCGGUCGUGGCAGAGCUGCCUGAGGACAUGCGUGGAGCGGUGGUCAUGGCGACCUUAUCACAGGUCAAUGUCGACCACUUGCGCACCCGUGGAGCCACCACAGAGGGUGCCGGCACUGGCCCAGCCCCGGAAGCAGGCUACGACGAGAUCGAUGCUUCCGUCCUAGAGGCUCUCCCGCCCGAGAUCCGAGAAGAGGUCAUGAGAGAGGAGGAAAGGCGGCGGCGUGAGCAGGAGCGUGCCCAGCAACGGGCAACUGAAGCCGCUGCCACCCAAGCGCAAGCCCCACAGGCCCCUGCUGCUGCCAAUGUCAUGAGCGGUGACAUGGACAACGCCUCUUUCAUAGCAUCGUUGGACCCCAUGCUCCGGGAAGAGGUCCUGAUGACUGCCCCAGAGGAAGUGCUGCAAACUCUGCCUGCAGAGCUGGUGGCAGAGGCCCAGAUGAUCCGCGACCGCGCCUUCAUGCGCAUUGCCAGCCAUCGGGAGGGCCCCCCACCGACGCAGCCGCCCCCGCAAGUCCGUGCUCCGAGACCACAGCCGUCGACGACACCUCCGGGGCGUCCGCACCAGUAUUUGCAGGCAAUGGAGCAGCAGCUGUCUCAACUGGCCGGAGGUCGUCGUGCCUGGCUGCAUGGAACAGAUGGCCGUCUCAGACAGGCCAGUGACGAUUUCAUGGCGCAGCUUGGCCUGGCACUGGGCGGCUCUCGCAGUCGACAGGCUGCGCCACUGGUCGCUGCUACCGGUGCUGGUGUGGGAACUCCGGGCCUCUCUUCCUUCGACGAGGCUGACCGUGCUCUCCUAGAGCGCCUCGCUGACUACGAUGAGGAAUCCUGCCAGGGCCUGGAGCCGCCGCUGCCGCCCUCGGCUCUCCCCAAGGUCUGCCAGCUUCUUUACCUUCGCCACGAGGUGACCGUGACUCCGCUGACGCGGCUCUUCUUCAACUUGUCGCUGCAUCCAGCAACCCGACAGUUCACCUUGGGACAGUUCCUGGUUCUCCUUGUGAAGGAGCCGCAGGCCGUCGGAUGCAGCGAGACAUCGCUUCCACCGGCGCACCUCUACGAAGGACUUGAGAACGGGCCAAUCUCCAAUGCCACGGAGGUGAAGGCAGUGGGAGCCCAGCGGGUCCUUCAGAUCUUGGCCUAUCUGCUCAGACGCAUCCCUCAGUGCGGCGAGUUUUUUGCCAAGCCUCUUCAGAAGGAGCCGUGGUUGGAGGGUGAGGCAGCACUUGUCACUGGCGGCCAGCUUUCAAGCCUCAUUGGGCAUCACUCAGUCAAUGUCCUACUCCGGCUGUUGACGACCAAGCUGUUCCUCGCCUCCUCACGGCAUGCAGCGUGGCUUCUUGCCAUCCUCCAUUCGCUGCUGGUUCCCGUCAAGGGAAAGAAGGACGACAAGUCUGCAGAAGCGUCAGGAGGACAGGAUGAGGCAACUCCCAAGGUGCCCGGCGAGGAGGAGGAGGACAAGGACGGGAAGACCAAGAAAGAUCCGCCCGCAGAGCAGCAGAGCUUGGAGCGUUGGACGGUGAUCAACAAAAACAUGCACGCCGUGCUGUCCCAAGAGAGCGUCCUGGCACUGUGCCACUUCCUCUGCCAAGCGGGAAGCGGCCACGGAUCCACUGGAGAGGCAGACACCUUCCAAAUGGCGGGUGAGAUUCUCGUGGCUCUGGCUGCCUCGCAGGAACACCUCACCAUGGUCCGAGCGGACCUCAUGCGUGUGUUGGCGGAUCUGGUCACCAACAUCGAAGCGGAUUUGGCCAAGUGCGAACCCGGCUCGACGGAUCCCUCCACCAUGGAGACGCGACUGCUGCGCCUCGUGCGCACCCUCGCCGAGGUCUUCAAGGAGGCCGCGAAAGCCAGCGCGGAUCAGGAGCUUAAGAUCGAGGACUUCCUCGGGGAAGCUCGCUUGGAGGACCUUUGGACAUCGCUGGAUCAGACCUUGGACCGGCUUCACGACACAGAGGUGUUUGCGACGCCCGCACAGCGCAUCCUCUCAACUGGGGUUGCACCUUCCCAGCUGCGGGUUGAAAGCUCAACCGGAUCCAGCAUGAGUGGAACUUUGGCGUCCAAUGUCCAGACAACUCCUCCCAAGCCGCUGCUCAACAGGCUGCUGCCAUUGAUCGAGGCAUUCUUCGUGCUUCACAACGGCUCCAAAGAAGCAGCCCUCGAAGCUAAAGAGAAGGACCAGAAGAAAUCCCACGAACAACAGGGUGGCUCAUCCUCCAGCUGUCCUGGGAAGCAGGUCUUUGCAGACCUCAUUGAGGUGACUCUGGUGGAGAGGAGUCGAUUUGGUCAGUUCUGCAAGCAGCACCGGCGGCCGCUUAAUGCAUUGAUCAAGCAGACUCCCUCACUCCUGAGCAAGUCCUUCUCACCUGUGCUCAAGCACAUGCCGCACUGCCUGGACUUUGACAACAAGCGCGCUUACUUCCGAUCUCAGCUGAGGUCCAGGCGGAUGGAAAGCCGCUAUGAGACUAUUCGCCUUCGCGUCAGGCGGUCUGAGAUCUUCAUGGAUUCUUACCACCAGCUGAGGAACAGGACCGGCGAAGAAAUGCGUGCGAAGAUCCAGGUGCAAUUCCAGGGCGAGGAAGGAAUCGAUGCUGGUGGCGUUGGAAAGGAGUGGUAUGGGGCCUUGGCCAAAGAGAUUUUCAAUCCCAACUAUGCACUUUUUGUUCAAGCUGGUGGCAAAGCCUGCACUUAUCACCCGAACCCGAUGUCCUAUGUGACGAGAGAUCACCUGGAUUUCUUCCACUUCAUUGGACGUGUAAUUGGCAAAGCGAUCCAUGAUGCUCAAAAUCUGGAGGCCUGGUUCACCCGUGGCUUCUACAAGCACAUGCUGGGCAAGAAGGUCAUCGCCGCAGAUCUAGAAGCUUUUGACCCGGAGUAUUUCUCCAAUCUGAAAUGGAUGUUGGAGCAUGACAUCACGGACAUCAUAGAGCUCUACUUCUGUGCAGAAAGUGAUGACUUUGGCCAGAUCAAGGUCGUCGACCUGAAGCCGAACGGUCGCAGCAUUCCUGUGACCAACGAAAACAAGUACGAGUACAUCCAGCUCAUGUCAGAGCACAAGAUGACGAACUCUGUCCGACAACAGAUUGACGCAUUCCUGAAGGGCCUGCACGAGAUCGUGCCGCCCGAGCUGCUGUCGCUGUUUGACGACAAGGAGCUGGAGCUGCUCAUCUCCGGACUGCCGGACAUCGACAUCGAGGAUCUCAAGGCCAAUACGGAAUACCACAACUACACGGCCCAGUCGGACCAGAUCCAGUGGUUUUGGAAGGUGCUCAGCGAAUUCAGUCAAGAGCAGAGGGCAUGGUUCCUUCAGUUCGCGACCGGAACCUCUCGUGUGCCCGUGGAAGGGUUUAAGGGUCUUGUCGGAAUGCGUGGACCACAGAAGUUCUGCAUCCACCGAGCCUACGGUCCUGAUCGAUUGCCUUCUGCCCAUACAUGCUUCAAUCAGCUCGACCUUCCCGACUAUCCCUCGGAAGAAGUCCUCCGAGAAAAGCUGCUCCAGGCAAAGGGCGGUCUCAGUCUUUGA